AUUUGAAGAAACACUUCUUUCUUUUUCUUCAUAUUGUUUUUCAAUCAAAUUAAAUCCAUGGACUUCUUCACCAACUCACCUUCUAAAUCAAACAACUCGCCACCUUCUUCAACCAAAACCAAAAGAAAGCAACAACAGCAGCAAACCCAGCAACCACAACAAACCCAGCAGGAGACUAGGUUUCUUGGAGUGAGGAGAAGGCCGUGGGGCAGAUAUGCGGCCGAGAUACGAGACCCUUCGACCAAAGAGAGGCAUUGGCUCGGAACCUUUGACACGGCGGAGGAGGCCGCCUUGGCCUACGACCGAUCCGCUCGCUCCAUGCGCGGUUCCAAGGCUCGAACCAACUUUGUCUACUCGGACAUGCCACAUGGCUCGUCUGUCACCUCCAUUAUCUCACCCGAGGAAGACGUGUCAGCGUUCUUCACCACCUCACUUCCCCAAACCCACGCCCAAUCCCAAACACACACUCAGCAGUCCUUCACUCAUCAGGACCCAUUUGAUGCCUACUCAUUCUCUGGAAGUUCAUCAGCAGAGAAUGAAAGCGGGUCUUACGUGCCCGCUUUUGGUGUUGUUGCUGAUGAAUCCGGGUCCCAGUCUCAAUCUCACACUCACGAGCUACCACCUUUGCCUGCUUGUGUCUCCUCCUCCACUUGUUAUGGGCCCGAAGGCGGCAUUAUGAGCUUUGACGGAGUUGGGAAUGAGUCAGGCUUUUACGAGUUUUCAGACCCCACGACAAACAAUGGACUGGACUCAUUGGUGAGUGGGUCCUAUGUGGGCUUUGACUCGAACGAGUUUGUGCAGCACAGCCCAUUGUUUGGGAGCAUGCCAACAGUCUCCGAAGCGGGUAUUGAUGGGUUUGAUUUGGGUUCAUCCUCUGCCUAUUUCUACUGACUUGGUUUUAGUAAAUCCAUCUGAUCUACAAGUGUGGUUUUUUACUUUCUUCUUUUUUUUUUUUUUUUGGUCAACUUGUUUUGUGUUGUGAUGGGCCAAAAGUAAGGGCGCCUUGAUGAAAUUGUAAUGGUUAUGCCCUUUAUAUUGCAAGAAUGUGAGCUUCUUCGAGAGUGAAUGUUCAUAUGGUUUGGUUUGGUUAGUCAGGUGGGUUAUUUCAAACAAUUUUGGAGUGAACUCGGAACCUGUUAUGAUCCUCUUGAGAAUGCUUUUGUAAGGGCUAGUUUGAAAUUGUUGUGCUGUGAAAAGAAAAAAAAUGUUGUUUUCAGAAGUACGGGUCAAGCUGCUUUUGCUUUAUGGUGUUUGGACUCAUGGUUUUGACAUAAAACUUUUUCUUUUUUUUUUUCAUUUACCAAACAUAAUUUUAACCCUAACUUUUUUUAAAAACUGAUUUUAAAAUAAUUUCAGUAAUGUCAAACCAGACUUAUGCUAAUAAGCAAUUUUUAUUGGAGGCCUACUUUUUGUUAAUUCAAGGUGUUUUUAUAAUCCAAAAAUAUCUUCAA